UCUGUGUCAUGUAUCUCCUCCUUCCACAUCCUUCCUUCUCUCUCUUAGUCCCCUUCAGCUCUCCGCCCCUCGGUGUAUUGGCAGUGAUUGGCGCGCGGCGCACAGCGUGGACUUGGAGGUGUCUUGGCAAAAUUACGCACAACGAAACGAGAAUCGCGGAAUCAUUCGAACAGGAUACUUGAUCGUUGAACCGGACUGGAUCCCAACUUCUGACUUCGAAAGCACUUCACUUUUCUGCCUCCAGAAUUUGUGCUCAUCUUUUCCUGCCUGCUCAUGAAAGUCAGUCUUCCCGAUCGCAGCAGCAGCAUUAUUGCGUCCGGAUGACUUUUCGUCCUUGUGUCCCCUGGUCGCGGUGGUUAUAAAGGAACAGAGAGGAUGUAAACAGCUGUGGAAGGGGAACGAACUCUGCGAAUCAACUGUUUUUUUUUUCUUUUGGAGAUCCCCAAAUCGAGAGGAUGAUCCCGCCGGCAAAUACGAUACAGGACGAAAGUGGGGGCAAAGAGGACGAACAGGAGCAGAAUGAAACACCAAAAUCCCCGACGGCGAACGCCAGUCAACAGGAAACCAAGAAUACUGUGAGGCCUGAACAACAAAAGCGCAAGCUGCAGAAACUCAAGCGGUCCCUGUCCUUUAAGACCAAGAGCAUCCGCAGCAAGAGCGCAGACAACUUCUUCCGAACAAGUAACGACACCAAGACAGAGCUGCUCUCAGAUGUGAGCAGCAGUACUGGCCAUCUCUGCAACAUCGGGAUGGCCCCGCCACACACCACCAACCUCCCCAUCCCUCCAGUCCCUCCGGCAAUCCCCAGUGCCCCCCCUCCCACAUCGCGCUCCCAGAUACGCAACCCCAUGCAGCUUGACUCAGCAGGACACUGCUUCAUGGAGCACAUCUUCAAGAAGCCCACCUUCUGUGACGUCUGCAACCACAUGAUCGUAGGUACGACAGCCAAACAUGUGGUGUUCCUGGCGGGAAACACAGCAAAGCAUGGCCUCCGCUGCAAAGCCUGCAAGAUGAGCCUGCACCAUAAAUGUGAGAACGGAGUGGGACAGCAGCGCUGCAUGGGCAAACUGCCAAAAGGCUUUCGGCGGUAUUACAGCUCUCCAUUACUGAUCCAAGAACAGUACGGCUGCAUCAAAGAAGUCAUGCCCAUCGCUUGUGGCAAUAAGGUUGACCCUGUGUAUGAGGCAUUGAGGUUUGGUACGUCCCUUGCACAGAAGGCAAAGAGGGCCAGCGGCUCUGAGUCCCCCCACAGAAACUCGACAAGCGACUUGGACAAGGUUCCAGAGGAAGUGGUGGCUCACAGCAGUAGACAGGAGCUGUCCAGAAAACACAGUGAUGACGUUUUCACAGUCAUAGAGAAUGGGACAGAGCACUACAACCAGCCAGAGGGAAAACCUGACGAUUUGCCGUUGGAGCACAGCCAGCUACAACAAGAUGUCCUCAAGCUCAACACCUAUGUGGCCUUGCACAACUUCACUCCCCAAGACAGCCAUGAUCUGGAGAUGAGUGCAGGAGACAGAAUCUUACUAGUGGAUGACUCCAAUGAUGACUGGUGGAAAGGAGUAAUUGAGGACAGGAUCGGUUUCUUCCCAGCAGCCUUUGCUCAUCAGGUGCGGGUUGAGGACCAAGUGUUCAGAUGUAACAGGACAUUUAUCGGCUGUAAGGAACAAGGCCAGAUCACCCUGAAGGAGGGACAGAUUUGUGUGGGCAGCGAGGGUGAACAUGGUGGCUUCAUUAAAGUGGAGAGUGGAAAGAAGAGAGGCUUCGUGCCCUGCGACGUUCUAGAAAUCGUCUGAGACAAACACUCGAAGGGAUAAAGAGAGGAAGAGAGUGAGGAGAGGAAGAAUCUGCCACCUAAAGGUCAGACGAGGAGAGCUCUGAACCUACAAAAGGCUAUGAGAAAACACUGAGGGGGUCACCUCAUUGGAGUUUGAAUUUUACUGUGAUGCUAAUUUUGUCACGUUGCUGCAGUUGAGAGUCUCAGUACCUUCCUCACUUCAUCUUAACACAGAGAGAGAGAGAGAGAGAGAGAGAGAGAGAGAGGCUGAGACUGUUAGGGGACCUCUGUUUCACUGGAUUUGUUUUUAUUUAUAUAGAUGAUCAUAUUUUAUGUUUCCUUUUAGUUUAUUCUGCAACAAGCUGUUUUUUGGGGGCUAGGACUCCCGGCUAGCUGUCCUACUGAAAGAAAAGGCGCUGAACACCCACGACAAUGAUUACUUUUUAAAGUUUUAGUGCAUAUAAUUUAAUUACUUCUAUAAUACAUACGUUUCUCAUGCUUUACAAUGACAUUUUCAGGCAAAAUCUGUUCAUUUGUUGUCCUAUGACAGAACCAAACCCCAGGAGAGAAAGCUUGUCAGCUGCAGCAGUGAGCUCUGGAGGAGUAUUUUCAGUGGAGUUCAGCAAAAUUAAAAAAUUUGAGAGAUUCUCAGCAGUCUUCCAGAAAUACAUCCUAAUCCUCCCCAGGUUUAGAGGGUUGCAUGCAGUCUGGGAUUAUAUGAAAAUGGUUAUAUACAUUUUUUUUCAUUAUCAUCCAAAUCAGAAACUAUUAAAACCUGUGUUUUAGUAGAUACAAACUUAUUAUCUACCAAAUUCAACAUUGUUUCAAUGUUUCAGAAUCAGUUAGACUUUUCUUAUUAGGUCUCAAACCUUUUUUUUUUUCUUUGUCUUUAGUUGUUUAUUCAAAUAUUUCAGAAGAUAAAGAGCAGCUAAGACCUGGGAUCAGAGCUUGUGAUCUGAUGAAACAACGUGAACACACGUUGCCCUCUGUGGUGAUGAACUUUGUAGGAAAAGGAGGCAUUCUAGUUUGUGUUAACUUUAAAUGUGGUCACUUUAAUGUGGUUUUCCUCUUUCUCAGCACAGAUGGUUUUGGCUGGAACUCCAGGUCCAGGAAGUAUGCAAGUGCAUUAAUGGAAAGGUGUUACAUUAUAGUAGAUAUAUCUCUGAAAAGUUGCUCUGCACUGAAAACUUGGCUUUUUUAAAUUGUCAAUAAAUAGUAUAUACUGUAGAUACUGUACAUACAAGAUUAAAGUUUCUUCUUUAUCACAA